GGGAAGGAGUCUCUUUUGUGUAGAGAGACCUUUGGAAGUGUGUCAGUGGUGCCAAGCCUCCUGUGAGCCAUGCCUUCUGUGUUUGGAAGCAAAUGCUUGAAAGAUGGUCAAGCUCCCUGCACAGAUGGGGAAAAGCUGAUGCAUGCAGAGAAAAGGUCUCCUGUGGAUGGAGUUGUUAAAAUCUUCCCCGCCGGGCGUGAGUUUUCUGCACUUGGAGAAGACAAGUGCCUCAAUGAUGACAAAUCUCCCAGAAAGUGCGAAGAAAAUGUUGGAAAUGGGAAAAACGCAGAAGAGACAACUGCUCAAAUGAAGUGGAUUCGCCCUGAUUUGCCCAGUAGGUGCACCUGGAGGCCAGGUGCUCCAAUGUCAGAGUCCCCACACAGUCAGCCACCACGUACUGAGCCGCCGAUAAUCCUCCCCAGCAUCCUUGGACACAUUGGAUACACACCUCUGGUUCGCUUGAACAAAAUCCCAAAGGAAUUUGGGUUAAAGUGUGAAAUGCUGGCCAAGUGUGAGUUCUUUAAUGCAGGAGGCAGCAUUAAAGACAGAAUCGCUCUGCGGAUGGUGGAGGAUGCUGAGAGAGACGGGACCCUCAAACCAGGAGACACAAUCAUUGAGCCUACUUCUGGAAACACAGGAAUUGGCCUUGCUCUCAUAGCGGCUGUAAAGGGCUACCGCUGCAUUAUUGCAAUGCCCGAGAAGAUGAGUAUGGAGAAAGUGGAUGUGCUGAAGGCUCUCGGGGCCGAAAUUAUCCGCACCCCUACAUCUGCAGCUUAUGACUCUCCGGAGUCUCACAUACGCACAGCUUGGAGGUUAAACAGUGAGAUUCCCAAUUCGCACAUUCUGGACCAGUAUCGUAAUGCCAGUAACCCCUUGGCUCACUAUGAUACAACAGCUGAGGAAAUCCUGGAGCAGUGUGAUGGUAAACUGGACAUGCUUGUGGCCGGAGCAGGCACAGGUGGUACGCUCACAGGUAUCGCUCGAAAGCUGAAGGAGAAGUGCCCCAAUGUCCAGAUAAUCGGUGUGGAUCCUGAGGGCUCUAUGCUGGUACACUCAGAAGAACAUGAAGGUGCUCAUUUUGAGGUUGAGGGUAUUGGAUAUGACUUCAUACCCACAGUGCUGCAGAGAUCUCUCGUACACAAGUGGUACAAAUCAAGUGAUAAGGACACAUUUAACAUGGCACGCAAACUAAUAAGAGAGGAGGGCCUUCUCUGUGGUGGAAGUUCUGGCUCUGCGAUGGCAGCGGCAGUGAAGAUGGCUCAGCAGCUCGAGGAAGGACAGCGCUGUGUGGUCAUCUUGCCCGACUCUGUCCGCAACUACAUGUCAAAGUUCCUCUGCGAUCAGUGGAUGUGUGAGAAAGGUUUCCUGGAGUGUCCGAAUGAGAUCAAACCCUGGUGGUGGAAUCUGACAGUCAAGAGGUUACACCUGUCCUCCCCCCUCACCUUUGCUCCAUUCCUGUCGUGCCAAAAAGUCAUCAGGAUCCUGAGAGAGAAGGCUUUCGACCAGGCCCCAGUCACUAAUGAAUCUGGUGAAAUCCUGGGGAUGGUGACUCUGGGAAGCAUCUUGACCAGUGUGCAGGAAGGAAAGGUCAAACUAUCAGAUCCAGUGAGCAUGGUGCUCUGCAAGGACUUCAAUCAGGUGUACCUGACAGACAACCUGGGGAAGUUAUCCUGCAUCCUCAACAGACAUAACUUUGCUCUGUUGGUGCAUGAUCACACCAAGUAUGAAGCGGAUGGUUCAGUUUGUCCGAGGCAGAUGGUGUUUGGCGUCGUGACAGCCAUUGACCUCCUGAACUUCAUCACCACACAUGAGGGGCAGGAUCACCCACAGUCCUAAUGUUCGCUGUCACACAGUCUGACAGGAAGUAGCUGGGAAUGGUUCCUGUUUUGAAGGAUUUCACCUCCUGAGCAAGAGACAGCAGCAUGGUUUAAUUAACUAGAUUAUUAAUAAUAUGAAUAAAAUAUUGUGACAUGUUGUUAGUCAUUUUGUUAAGUUUUUUGACAUUAUAGCUAUACUUAUAUAUCUUUUAAACCUUCAGUGAUUAGGAAGAUCUGACACAAAAGGAAAUAUAUUCUUUAUUUUAGUUUUAUGUUAGAAUAAUAAACAAUUACAAGAUUGUAGAAAAAAUGGCAGAUAUGUUAAUCUUUUAAGUAUGAUUUUUGCAGUUUAUGACUGAUGACAAACAGAUGAUUUAAAGUGUUUUAUAUUAAUUAAGAAGGAGUUGAUUUGAGCUCUGCUUAGUUCAGUGAAAUGACUUGCUUGGGUCAGAUCUUAGAAUAUCUAAAUGAGGAUAAAAACAAACUUUUUCAUUGUAAACUAACAAUGUUUUGAUUUUUAGAGUGUUUGAGCCCAAUGUGACUUUCUCUCUUUUAAAGUAUAGAAAUUGUCAAGUGUUUCAUCAUAAGGUGUCGUUCCUUCUAGUUCUGCUGCUGUCUUUGUUUUACUCUGUUUUAGUCUUG